AUGUCUUCCCUCGCCUCCUGCCUCUUCUGCAAGAUCGUCAAGGGCGAGAUCCCUUGCAUGAAGCUCCUUGAGACAGACACGGUUCUCGCCUUCAUGGAUAUUGGCCCCAUUGCGAAGGGUCACUGUCUGGUCAUCCCCAAGUACCACGCUGUAAAGUUGACCGACCUCCCGGAUGACCAGAUGGCGGACAUCCUGCCCACCUGCAAGAAGCUUGCGGUUGCUACGGGCGCCGAGGACUUCAACAUUCUCCAGAACAACGGCCGCGCUGCCCACCAGGAGGUCGACCACGUUCACUUCCAUGUUAUUCCCAAGCCCGAUGACAAGGAGGGUCUUGGUGUCGGAUGGCCAGUCCAGGGGCUGUCCAAGGAGGCCAUUGCCACCAAGUUCGAGGAGAUGAAGCGCAAGCUUUAA